AAACAAUUAAAAAUAGGGGGAAAGGGUAAGAAGGCUCUAAAGGCAUCUGUAAUUCUAAUCCCCACACAGAGCCCCUUGAGGACACACACCCCCCCACACACACACACCCUGAUUUGACAACAGUGACGUCAAGACUUGCACCAUCCACCAUACAUUUCUCUCUCUCCUCUUCUUACUGGACAUGGGCUGUCGAUGAGGGUUCCUCAGUGCUGGCACCUGGCCAGGUGUCCAGUGGGCAGGUUCCUCCCGCCCCGACCGACUCCCUGUUUGCAUCCAGGCGGAAGGCUCUGGAAGGUCCAUUACACGACCCCGCACUUCCACCCCGAGGGCGCGGGAGCCUGCUACGGCCAACGUGUGUGCCCCUGCUCUGGGGACAGCGCGACCCACCACGACCCCCCUCUGCUCUUCGACCUCUCCAGGGACCCUUCCGAGGCCCGGCCCUGCCCCCCCGGUGCUGAGGCCCUGCACCACACGGUGGUGGCCAGGACGGAUGAAGCGGUGCAGGAGCACAGGCGGAGCCUGAGCCCCGAGCCCUCGCAGCGCUCCCUGAGUCACAUCGCGUGGAAGCCAUGGCUGCAGCCAUGCUGCGGACCCUUCCCCUUCCGCUCCUGCAGCCGGGACGGAGACCUCGGGGACACUUGAGCUCGCCCCUGUCAGCACGGCUAUCACCAACAGGACAGGGGGUAGCGGGUGUGAGUGAGGUUGCGGAGAAAACGGAACCCUCGUGCACCAUUGGGAACGGAAACCACUGCAGCCGCUGUGGGAAACAGGAUGGAGGGUCCUCAGACCGUGAAAAAGGCAACCCCCCUAGGAUCCAGCAAUCCCACUCCUGGGUAUUUAUCUGAAGGAGAUGAAAUCAGGACAGUGAAGACAUAUCUGCACCCCCAUGU